AGCUCGACAUGUCCACUCGUCGUUGUGUCGUGAUGUUGCUGCUCAGACGGCGGCGCGUCCUGCUGCUAGCGUUAGCGCUGCUCCUCUUCUUCACCUCCUUCUGGCUGCCUCAGGGCGGGACGGGAGGAUGCGGCACCGCCUGGCAGCCAUGUUUGAUGUCCGGCAGACAAACGGUCGAGCCCCCGUUGGUCCCUGAGGAGUGGGCGGGCCCGGGCGGAGCCCCGCCCCCCAUCCAGCACUGCCCGGGCCAGCAGUUCCAGACCCGGUUCCUGCUGCGGUUCCUGAAGUCCAGCCUGGAGGACGAGGACGACGUCCUGCUGGAGCCGUAUCUGCAGAGCUGGGACCAGCUGCUGAACUUCAUGGAGUCUCUGGGGACGAUGGUCAGCUUCUUCUCCCAGAAGGUGAAGGAGAAGGUGGUGCUGAUCCGCCAGCUGUCGCUGCAGCGCCCCCUGGUGGCUGAUGGGAAACAAGCAGGGGGACCAGGACCCGGACCAGGACCCGGACCAGGGGGGUCCAACACCGAGUACCGGUCCCUGCGGUCCAUGAUGGCGGCGGAGCUGAAGGCGGGCCUGGUGGGUUUCUCCCGGCGCACGGACUCGGGCUGCCGGACGUUGCUGCGGCUGCACCGGUCCCUGCUCUGGCUGAAGCUGCUGCUGGACGGGCUGGCUGAAGGUCCGGACGGGGACGGCCGGUACCGUAGCCCCGGGGAGCUGAGCAGGGACGCCUACCAGGUGGCGCUGGCGCCGCACCACCCGUGGGUGCUCCGGCAGGCGGCCGAGCUCGUCUUCCUCGCCCUGCCCGAGCGACGCCACUUCCUGCGGCUGGUGUGCGUGACGGAGCAGCGGGAGGCCACGCCCAUCCUGCGCGUCAUCAUCCACGCCCUGGCGCAGGUGCACGGGCGCACGCAGCGGAUCCUGGCGGAGCAGGGCAUGUUAGCGCUGCCCUGAACCUGAACCCUCAACCCUGGACCGAGCAGGACAUGCUGGCGCUGCCCUGAACCGGAAACCGGGAACCUGAACCCUCAACCCUGAACCCUCAACCCUGAACCAGAGACGUAGGCAUAUUAGGGCAUUUUUUGAUUGGCCCAGGGCCCGGCCCGCCCUGAGAAAACUUGCAGGAUUUUUCUCACUAUUUUUUUUAUUAUUGAUAUUUUUUAUUCGCUCAUUAAAAAAUAUGCUUAGCAUUGACAUUCCAAGCAAACAAAAACGUAUAAAAAUGUAUUAAUAAUAAAACGUUUUAUUCUCUGUCAACUGUUACAACGGAACUAACUUUAGCAAUGAUUUUCCGGCGAACACUGCAUGCUGCGCUCGCUGCUGCUUAAUUUUGUUUUCAGACAGCGUACGCAAUUAGCUAAGUUAGUCAGCAUUCAUGGCUCAGAGUAAAUUUGGCUUUGAAAGGGUUAGACUCGAAAAUGAGCCACAACCUUCUAGCAGCAUCACCGCCGUUCCUCCACCUCCCACUCCAGAGACUAGCAGCACCACGCCCCCCACCAGCGUCUCCUCAGCCGGGCAGCGGACAUUGCCGUGUCCUGUUCCUCCCCCCGGUCGCCAGCAUGAAGGACCACCAGUAGUCAGUCCACUGUGUCAGUGUGCACUUGAGGACAGCAGGGUGCGCUGUUUCACUUAAAUAGGUCAUAGAAUCAUUAACCUUAAGGUUGUUUCUGCUAGGCAUUAGUGGAUAUUAUAUUGAUUUUUCCUCUGGCAAAAGUUGGCCCGCCCACUUUUCUUCAGGCCCGCCCUAUUCAACAUUUCUGGCUACGUCCCUGCCCUGAACCCUGGACCGAGCAGGGCAUGUUAGCGCUGCCCUGAACCACAGACAUCUAUCCAGUACUCGAGUUGAGGGGGGAUGAGGGGGGACGGCAUCCCCCCCUGAAAUAAAAACGGUCCAAAUCAUCCCCCCCUGAAAUAAAAACGGUCCAAAUCAUCCCCCCCUGAAAUAAAAACGGUCCAAAUCAUCCCCCCUGAAAUAAAAACGGUCCAAAUCAUCCCCCCUGAAAUAAAAACG